UUUGACGAGUAGGUGUUUGCGCGGUUUAAUGUGUUGAUUGUAGAUGUUUUAAUGUUUUGACAGAUACGCGCUGUUAUUGAUCAUUUGGUGUCGGGUAGGCUGCGGUGAGACAUGAUUUCAAAAGAAAAGGAAGCAGCAUCAAGCUCUGAGGCGUCUAGUUCAAGUAACAGCUCCUCCUCAUCUUCGAGUUCAUCUUCUUCUAGUGGUUCUGAUUCAAGUUCUUCAGACACGGAGAAUACGUCGACAUCACAGGGUAGUGCGGAGAAGAGUGCAAAUGGGUCGACCGAUUCGGACACUAGAAAAGUGGCAAAAAAGAAAAACUCACCUGUCAAGAGUAGUAAAAGUACAACAGUUUCAAAUGAUACCGAGACUGCAAAACCUAAAGAGAAGUCGCAGGUUUCAAAUUCAAAAACUAGGCAAUCUAAAGCUAACGCCACGGCUGCAUGCUCAUCAGAAUCUGAGGAUUCACCUGUUAAGCCAACUGUGAAGCGGAAAGCUUCAACAAAACCAAAAGCAACUGCCACUGUUACUCCAAUUCAGAAGCCUUCUAGAGUUAACCCAACAAAAAACAAUGCUGGAUCAGGACAAAGGGGAGUAAAAGAAUCUGGCUCAAAUGCCAAUGCUAAGUCGACAGCCGAAAAACCCGCUACAAAGUCUGCUGCUGCAAGUAAACAGGCAGAUUCCACAACACAGAGGAAACUAAAAACUAAAAGCAUAUUUAGUCCUGAGAACAGUAGUGAAAGUGAUGAUCAAGCAACACAGCCACCAAAGUUAAGCCCAGUGAAGAAUUCUGCAUCAAAAGCAAUUGCCCAGACAAGAACUCGGAAAGCUGUUGCUAAACCAGAACCACUGCAGUCACCACCAAGCAAAUCUGGUGCAAGCACAGAGACCUCAACAACAGCAUCCUCAGCUUCCUCAGAUAGCAGUUCAGACAGUGAGUCUUCAGCUGAUUCCUCAGCUGCACCAACUAAAGCUCCACAGAAACGUGGGAAUGCUGCAAAGAAGAGAGUAAGACCUCGGCCUCGGGGUCCAACACCUUCUCAGACAAAACCAGCCCAGUCUGAAAGUGAUGGAGAGGGGCCAAAGCCAAGUGUAGUCACUCGCAAACAGACUAGGUCGUCUAGUGCCCGGCGAAGUAAACAUGUUGUUGCAAAAGCAACUGAUACAGAGUCAGAAGCAGAGAGUAAAAUGAGCACUGCCAGUAGCAAGUCUCCUGUGAAGAAGCCAGCAGGGCCGAAAGCCCCACCAGCUCAACAGCGCAACAAGUCUAAACCGCGAGGCUCUGGAGGCAGUGGUCGUGGGGAUGGGGAAACUGGCUCCUUGCAGGAGGAAGAGCGGCAGUGUCCUCUAGAGGGCUGCGACUCUGUGGGUCACCUGGGCGGUCGUCUUGAGAGACAUUUUACGAUUGAGGCCUGUCCGAUGUAUCACAAUAAGACUGUGCAAGAAUGCAAGGAAGCAUAUUUGGAACACCGUAAACGGGAAGAAGAACGGCGCAAGGCACUCGCAGUUCUAGCACGUCGCCCAUCGAAAGCACCACCCACGGCAGAGCAGCGACAGUAUCAGAUGAAAAUUCGAGAAAUGCGUCGCUCUGGAGAAAAGGAUGAUGACAAAGGACCCUCAGCCAAUAGUAAUGGGACUGCAGAUGAAAAAGAAAGGGAACCACGUCUCACAGGGGUUCCUGAAUACGACUUGCGUCUUUUCCAUGAGGCCCAAGCCAUUGCCAGUGAAAAAAUUGAAGAAGAACUGAGCAACCUUCCUCAUGUGAAGGGUACAAAGUAUGUAGAAAUGGGUAAGCAUGAAAUGGAAGUGUGGUACCAAAGUCCGUACCCUGAUGAUUAUGCUAGAGUACCCAAGCUAUACCUUUGUGAAUACUGUUUGCGUUAUAUGAAGACUCGAACUAUACUUAAAAGGCACAUGGUGAAGUGUGUGUGGAGGCAUCCACCAGGUGAAGAAGUCUAUAGGAAGGACAGACUCUCAGUGUGGGAAGUGGAUGGCAAGAGAUAUAAACAGUAUUGUCAAAAUCUCUGUCUAUUGGCGAAGUUUUUUCUUGACCAUAAGACACUGUACUAUGAUGUAGAGCCAUUUCUGUUUUAUGUUAUGACCAUCUGUGACUCUGAAGGCUGCCAUACAGUUGGUUACUUCAGUAAGGAGAAGAAUUCGUUCCUGAAUUACAACGUGUCCUGCAUCCUGACGCUGCCGCCGUACCAACGACAAGGCUAUGGCCGCAUGCUGAUCGACUUCAGCUACCUGCUGACGCGCGUCGAGGGCAAGAUCGGCUCCCCAGAGAAGCCGCUGUCCGACCUGGGCCUGAUCUCGUACCGCAGCUACUGGAAGGACGUCCUGCUGCAGUACCUCUGCAACUUCGGCGGCAAGGAGCUCUCCAUCAAAGACAUCAGCCAGGAGAUGGCCAUCAACUCGUACGACAUCGUCAGCACGCUGCAGGCCCUCGGCAUGAUGAAGUACUGGAAGGGCAAGCACAUCAUCCUCAAGAAACAGGACGUGAUCGACGAGUACGUGGAGCGCACGAAGCGCCGCGGCGGCGCGCACCGCCAGCUGGACCGCGAGUGCCUGAAGUGGACGCCGUUCGCGGCCGGCCCCGCGCAGCCGGCCGGCGCCACCUGAUACUCCGCCGCUGCGGGGGCCGCCGCCGCCUCCGCCCCCGACGCCGCCCCCACCAGCGAGCUGUGCAAGUAGCUCCGGCCACACACUGCGACGUCGGCUGCUCUCCCAGUGAAUGCUUACUCUUUCACCGCGGCAACCCGUCUUCCCAUCUUAACCUCCUUCGUUCGGAGACACCGUCUCUGAGAAGAAGACUAUAUUAGUUGCUUCAAAAUCACCAAAAAAUGAAUCUAAUAUAAUGUGGCCUUUCCUGAACUACCCCAACAAGAAGGCCAUGUAAAAAAUAAUAAUUUUAUUUCGAGUGACACCGAAAUGGUGAUGUUUGAAAGCACAGACGACUGGGCUUCAGACUUCGUGAAGCCUAACUACACAACUCGGAAACAGAUCGUACUGAAGCUAAAAUUUUAAAAUAUGCGUCUUCGCAGUAAAUACUCAAAAUUUGUAUGUGGAGACGUCUGACUGGUGGCCUGAAACGCAUGAAAGGUCUCUUCUUCCCCCGAUGCUUCGUCGAAAAUUAGUUACAAAAUAUGUGUAGCUACUUCUGCACAGUACAAACAAAAUAUUUAUUUCUAGAUUAGUUUUCUUAACAGAAGUGGCUACCACAGAUUCUUUUUUCACGAUUCCCUUCAAAGUGUUUCAUAUCAUUUUUUAAUGUAAAAUGCUCUCUAUCCGUUAACGUGAUUGGUAGUUUUGUACAGGUAUUAAAUUUAGUUAUGACAAACCCCCGUCUUCAGCGCAAAACACAGUAUGCGAGCAUGAAAAGGUUGUAUCCCACAGACAAGUUACUGUACUUUUGUAACGAGACGUAGUUCCAUCUCUCAUACUUCGCGGGUCGAGGUGUUCUGUUUUUCACGUCAUUUCCGUACAUAUAUUACGCAUUAUAUGUACAAUCUCCAACAAAUUUAUCGUAAAUUAUGCAUUACAAAAAAUAAUCUUGUCACGCAACUCACUGACGAUCAUACAACUGUAAUCAAUAAUUCAUGUAAGCUAUAUAAAGUAUUGAAGGACACAAAAAUUUAUGUCUCUGUGGACCCGUAAGAACUUCAUUGACAAAAUAUCACAAAAUGAUACAUAAACCGUGAAAUAUUAUGUAGGCAUAAGGCACAAUUUGAUUGCUGAUUCAGUUUGACCUUAGCAAUAAAAAGAAGUAGACUUGGUUUUUCACAACUUUUUAUUAUCGGCAACAACUUGCUUUGCAUUAAUAUUUUCAAUCCUCAAAAUUCAUGUACGGCGUUGCAAAGACAACAUAUUCGCAUCCUCUCUUUAGUUAAUCUCGUUUUCGAACAUGUCUCAGAUUAAAAAAGAACGAAAUGCCUGUAGAAGUUUAUGUGCAAGUAAUCUUUUCCUAUUUCCUGUUGGUCGUUGUGAAAUUUGGUGCUGUAUCCUCAGUCCUUACGAAAAUUUCCGCUGUGUUUCAGAUCUUUCUGUUCUUAAAAUAGUUGAGUUUUGCAGUUGGUUACAAGUGAGGGAACUGUUGUUGGUGUUAACAGAAAUGGAAAUAGCUCACACCUCAUAGGAAUUAUUUUGGAUGUGAAUCUAAUGGUAAAAUAUUAUAUAGAAAUUAUAUAUUAUUAAAUGACAAUCAGAUCAAGUGAGAGCUGAGUCAGUGACCUUGCCCUGUGUUCCAAAUAUUCUCCUCUUAUACUUUCAGCAAACAACGUAUAUUUCAUUCAGUGUUGCCUUGAUACCAAGGCAUCGUUACACCUCUUGGUGGUGAUUGUUCACCUAGCGAUUUCAAAUUUGCUUUGUCGUCGAAUAAUUCACGUACUUUUAUUUUACAUAGGUGUGCUGAAUACUGAACAAUACGAAGUGCUUUUGGCGAAAAAAAAAGCUCACAGCGGAGAGCGAAAUAUACAGCAUAUGUUAUUUUUCGGAUUAGUAUAGCCACUUUUAAAUAUCGGACUAGCUGAAUGUCUUUUUAGUAUAUUAUUGUUUAAUUACUUCCCAAACCGAAAGCAGCACUAACUACAAAUGACAAUUCAUCAGUUUUUGGUGAGGGGUUAGGAAGGGAAUAAUUGGAAUUCCCAAACCAUUUAAAAUUAAUUUGGAGAAGUAAAUAAUGGAGGACCUCGUAUUCUUUUCUUCAAAAAAGUCCCAUCAACUGUUUUCUCAUAACCACUGCUUUUGUACACGAGAUGUUAAAUACAGACAUACAUUUAAAGAUUUCUCGAUCGUGAUUUUUCGACAUAUCUAUAUUUAAACCUGUACAAACUUUAAACAGAUAUUCAAUGUGAAUUUUGGAACGUGAAGCAUUCACUGGGAGUGUGGUUUUCUUUGCGGAUAGCGACCUCCAGAAAUGGAUUGGGAGCUAUGCGUUCUUCUGUUUGUUUCAAAUCAUCUGUGACCAAAAUAAAUGUAAUUGAAGGAAGAACGACUGAGAAAAAGAGUAAAUUUUAUCUCCCAUUAAGGAAAAUGUGAAUGUCUGAAACAUUAAGUUCUGUGAUAAAAUUGUUAUUCAUGUAACUGUUGUUAAACAUACUGUUUCAGACAUGUGGAAUCUCUAUUGAAAUGUUAUUGGAAACUGUUUAUUAUUAACUUCCUUGCAAAAUUAUGUUCUUCAAAUUCUAGAGUAAACUUACUUACACAAGGUUUAAGAAGUGUGAUUUUAAAAGAAAAAUCUGUUGUGAUACUUUUGUACUUUCGAAUCCUCAUGUACCAUUCUAGCCAUAAUAAAGUGUCCAGUGUGUUGGCGAAAUGUUUGUAUGCUCAAUGUUAAUAAAGAUACAGUCUUGUACAACCUU